AGAGCAGGCAGACCAGACUCAGUAAGGCGGCCACUCAAAAAAACUGAAACCAUAAAGCAUUGGCAGAACAUGCAGUUAUUAUUGACACGCAACAGAUUUGCAUACUUAUUAGUGUCGCAGUAUUUACUUGACUAACAUUGGUGGUUUGUCGCGUAGUUUGUGUACUUCUAGUUUAUCAAGAAACAAGUCUAUGUUGUGGAUGUCAGUUUUCUAUGUAGGAAUUGCAAUUUGGAGCGUCCAAGUAUUGGUCAUCACAGAGUAUAAGGUCAAGAGUAAACCACAGUGUUUCACAUCAACUAUGAACACAUCCACACAGAACACGGUCAUGCAAAAAGGAAGUCCACAGCUCCAAAAUUUCCUGGUGAAGCGCACCAACAGCGCACAACACUUGAAGAAGCGGCACUUGUGCUUCAGCUGUGAGCAAACUUUUCCAACUCGAGAACGCUUGGAGGAACACUUCUGUCCUUCUGCAAGUUACAUCUGCUCCUGCGGAACCGAGUUUUCCGUCUAUGUAGACAUGCUGGAACACAGCACGACGCAUGAACCCGGACACCAAGUGCUUGACCACGAAACGAUAAAGAAGCGUCGAAUUGAGACGAGCAUAAAAGAGAAGGAGCAGUUGAAAAGACUCCAGUUCAGUCAAGGUGUUCCAGUGAGGACCAAAUUGUCCUCACCUUUGACAUUGAAUUACCAGACGCAAAUGCCCAUCAAAUCAGGUGUUAAGCCACAAACCUCCAUGCAGUCUGCACUGGCUUCGAAAGUGCCUGGAUUGCAUCCCACUAUCACACAAACAUCUGGGUUCCCAAAUCCUUACCCAACUCAGAUUAGCAUGCAGAAUGUUUUUGCUGGCGUGGGUUCACCAACAGUGGAUCUUUGGACCAUUUACCAGCCAGUGGUGUUGGUGAAAACGGUGCGGAAGUUUAACAAGCAAAAACCAUACACCUGCUCGAAAUGUGGGCAGGGCUUUUUGACGAAGAACAGCCUCAUUACUCACCACAGCGAGCAUGUUACGGAUAAAGUUUCUGGCUGUAUAGGAUGUGGAAUGCUGCUCUCCAGCAAGAAGUUAAUGCCCCGCUUCCAUGCUUGUAAUGCACCCAGCUCUUCUGCCAAAGUCAGACUCAUCACUGCACGACCACUGAGUCACCUAAACAAAAAUGCAGCCGGUAUACCAGGUAGUCCAAAUCUCAGUGCGUCCAGUAAAAUUAGGCGGGCAUUUCAUCCCAAUUCCUCUCUUCAGCAAAAGAGCCACAAUCUCAGUGCACCCAAUAAAAUCAGACAGGGGCCUCCUGCUCCACCUUCCCUGCAUCGCUACCCAUCAAAUAAACACAGUCAAGGGCUUCCUUUUACAUCCAGUCAAGAGUUGAAGACACCCAACCAAACUGUGGCACAAUUCCUGUACCAACAUUCACAUGCAUCCUCUGAAACAGCCCGCUACUUGUGCAGAGUCUGUCAUCUACCUUUUGAGAGUGCUCAACUUCUUCAGAGGCACAAGUGUGCCAAAGCACAGGAGUUCAUGGCACAGCACUCAAAGGCUGGCAAACCGUAUAACCGCAUCCGCACAGUGACACCAGUGAAGAGUCCAAAUCCCCCGGCAGUGAAUGGCGAGAGAAGACUCGCCAGCUUCUUGCCAGCUGGUGGCAUAAAGGCAAACAAAGUCGUGAAUGCCAGCCAGGGCGGAGAUCAAGGAGCAACUCCUGUCAACGGGAAAACUGUCAAUUUGGAUGACGACGAUGACGAUUGUUACAUAGUCGAAAGUUCGGACAAAUCUGCUGAGGUGAUCUACCAGGUUACUUCAUCUGUCCCUGUUAAGACAUAAACGACUUAAAGUUUAUCCAGUUUGCAUGUCAUUUUAAAUUUUGGACCAACAUAAAGAUUUCACUCUCCAGGUUGAAUAUGUACUUGUUUAGAUUUAUGGAGCUGGCCAUUUCAACUAAAACCAUGAGCAGCUGCAACAGUUUUGAGGCACAAAUGUCAAUGCAACAAUGUGCUUCAGACUGGCUCUAAUUACUAGAUGCCCGAUAGGUGCAGUAUUUGAUCUUGUAACCAUCACUUGAGGAAUUAAAAAACAAAACUAUUUUUGUUCGGGUGAUGUGAUAUGCUUCCCUUAUCCAAACAGCUGAACAGCGAAUUAUGCUGUACGAUAUGACAUCAAAUGUUUUAAAGAUGGCUUUAUUUUAGUGUAGUUAAUAUUCACUUCCCAUGUGUCUUUCUCCAUCACUUUGGUAAAAAAAAAAAAAAAAAAUUCUGAGUUUCGAUAGCAGAAUUGAUGGGUGACAAAAUAAAGGAAUGUUUCAGUGUAAAUGCUUCCAUGCUGGUGUGCAGCGUGACAUAAUGUCCGGCAGAUCAAUUCAGGAUGAUUAAAAGGAUGACUUUUAUGCUACACUAAUGCUCAUUUGUCCAAAUGAGGGUAGUUUCUGCCCCACCCACACACACACACACCCAGACAGCGUUUUCUUUCCCAGAUAUUAAAAUGCUGUACACACUGUGGCACUGUUGUGAUUCAUCAAGUCUCAGCUGAAAUUAACACCUGUGGAAGAAUUUGGACCAACAUGUUGGCACUUUAUUCCUACUUGAAAGAUGAAAUGGUUACAUUGACUGUAGAAGGGUGGCUUUCAUCCCCCUGUUAAAGUCCCAGAUGCAUUUAAAAUUAAAGUUUUAGGAGUUUGUGGUUUCACACCUGGUGAUAAAUGUUCCAGUUUUUCCUUUAAUUUGUCACCUGUGUGUGUGGUUUAUUCCUGUCAAGAUGGGACAACCACGUACUGUAUAUAUAUUAGUUUUUGUUUUUAUUUUCUUUUUGAUGUCAGAAUGUGUUGUGAGGCUGUGAGAAUUGAUCUUGAUGCCUUGUGUGUUCUGCCAGCUUUGUUAGAUUUUGAGAAUACAGUAUAUAUGUUGUAUUAAACUAUAUUUUCAACCUCCCUUUUUGUUAAAUGCAUUUACAGUUAUGUGCUGCUUUUAAACUGAGGGAAAUACAGAGCUUUUCACA